CGCCCCCCGCCCGCGCCCCCGCCCGCCCAAGUUCCGCGGAGUCGGCCGGGCGGCCCCGCGCCGCGCCCCCUUCCGCGUUCCGCCGUCGGCCGCACCUGGCGCCCCCGCCCCGGCCGGGCCCCGUGCAGCGGCCGAGCGCCCGGCGCGCCAUGCCCGGCAGGACGGGCCCCAGCAUGGACGGGAGCGGCGGCCGCGUCCGCCUGAAGGCGCACUACAGCGGGGACAUCUUCAUCACCAGUGUGCACGCCGCCACCACCUUCGACGAGCUCUGCGAGGAAGUGAGGGACAUGUGCCGGCUGCACCCGCACCACCCGCUCACCCUCAAGUGGGUGGACAGCGAAGGUGACCCUUGCACCGUGUCUUCCCAGAUGGAGCUGGAGGAGGCUUUCCGCCUGGCCUGUCAGCACAGGGACGAAGGGCUCAUCAUCCACGUGUUCCCCAGCAUCCCUGAGCAGCCGGGCAUGCCCUGUCCAGGAGAAGACAAAUCCAUCUACCGCCGUGGAGCCAGGCGAUGGAGGAAGCUCUACCGCGCCAACGGCCAUCUCUUCCAAGCCAAGCGCUUUAACAGGAGAGCGUACUGCGGCCAGUGCAGCGAAAGGAUAUGGGGCCUCGCGCGGCAGGGCUACAGGUGCGUCAGCUGCAGACUGCUGGUCCAUAAGCGCUGCCACGUCCUCGUCCCGACGACCUGCAGGAGGCAUAUGGAUUCUGUCAUGCCUUCCCAAGAACCUCCAGUAGAUGACAAGAACGACGACGUGGACCUUCCUUCUGAGGAGACAGAUGGAAUUGCUUUUAUUUCUUCAACCCGGAAACAUGACAACAUUAAAGACGAUUCUGAGGACCUUAAGCCGGUCAUCGACGGCAUGGACGGGAUCAAGAUCUCUCAGGGGCUCGGGCUGCAGGACUUCGACCUCAUCAGAGUCAUCGGGCGCGGGAGCUACGCCAAGGUCCUGUUGGUGCGGCUGAAGAAGAACGACCAGAUCUACGCCAUGAAGGUGGUGAAGAAGGAGCUGGUCCACGACGACGAGGACAUUGACUGGGUGCAGACGGAGAAGCACGUGUUUGAGCAGGCUUCCAGCAACCCCUUCCUGGUCGGCUUACACUCCUGCUUCCAGACCACCAGUCGGUUGUUCCUGGUCAUAGAAUACGUCAACGGUGGGGACCUCAUGUUCCACAUGCAGAGACAGAGGAAGCUCCCGGAGGAACAUGCCAGGUUCUACGCGGCGGAGAUCUGCAUCGCCCUCAACUUCCUGCACGAGAGAGGGAUCAUCUACCGCGACCUGAAGCUGGACAACGUCCUCCUGGAUGCCGACGGGCACAUCAAGCUGACGGACUACGGCAUGUGCAAGGAAGGCCUGGGCCCCGGGGACACGACGAGCACCUUCUGCGGAACCCCAAACUACAUCGCGCCCGAAAUCCUGCGGGGAGAGGAGUACGGGUUCAGCGUGGACUGGUGGGCGCUGGGGGUCCUCAUGUUUGAGAUGAUGGCAGGACGCUCCCCGUUCGACAUCAUCACCGACAACCCCGACAUGAACACGGAGGACUACCUAUUCCAAGUUAUCCUGGAGAAGCCGAUCCGGAUACCCCGGUUCCUGUCCGUCAAAGCCUCCCACGUUUUGAAGGGAUUUUUAAACAAGGACCCCAAAGAGAGGCUUGGCUGCCGGCCGCAGACCGGAUUUUCCGACAUCAAGUCCCACGCAUUCUUCCGCAGCAUCGACUGGGACCUGCUGGAGAAGAAGCAGGCCCUGCCACCGUUCCAGCCGCAGAUAGCGGAUGACUAUGGGCUGGACAACUUCGACACGCAGUUCACCAGCGAGCCCGUGCAGCUGACCCCCGACGACGAGGACGUCAUCAAGAGAAUCGACCAGUCUGAGUUUGAAGGUUUCGAGUACAUCAACCCACUACUGCUGUCCACCGAGGAGUCCGUGUGAGGUCGCACGUCUCUGCCGUGGACACACGUGACUGACCCUGUAACUUUACCCUUAACCACAGCAUAUGCAUGCCAGGCUGGGCACAGGCUCCGAGGGCGGCCGGGGAGGGACGCUUGCCGCCGAGGCCACGCAGGGAGGCGCCCGGCGGGCUCUUCUCGGAGCAGAACAGUCUCUCGCGUCCGGGCCGGACAGGCCAGCUUAGGGCUGGAGGAAUUUGCUUCUUGUGCCUGCGUCGCGGAGGACCCGCGGUGACCCUGUCCGAGGGGGACUGUCACACACUUUCGAAGGUGCACAUUUGCCGCAGAAACAGAACUCAGUGCGCUGACCUGCUCCGCCAGGAACGUGAGCGUGUAAUGUCCCGAGGAAUAAAGUGUACCGGUGAUGUCGAA